UAGCCUCCUCCGUCCCUCGGAACCAACAAAAGUAAAGUAUAGUACAGGAAUAUUCACCUGUUGUCCAUCAACUACGCCUUUCGGCCUGAUCUUAGGAAAGAAGGAAAAUACUAUAAAGCGCUGGCUUUCUCGAAAAUGGACUAUCUUACGAAAUACAUUAAUUAUGAUUAUUUCCUUUUACAUUGGCUGGGCUCGAAUGCAAAGCCUUUAGAAGGAAGGAUUACGGGGUAUCAGAAGGGGGUCCCGUCCGUCUCUUUCACGAAGAAUGAUAUUGCAGAUUUAUCAGAGCGUUUCAAGCAUGCACUUGUGGCAACGUUCCAAUCUCGGCCAUCCUAUGCCUCCAUGCAAGCUUUCAUGCAGAAACUUGGUCUACUUGGUGAUUUUGACAUCACUAUAAUGUCUGAUUUGCCUAUUCAUUUGCAUGAUAGAAGAGCUCUACAUCUACUUGCUUCCUCUAUUGGCAAUCCUCUACAAGUUGACUCCUGUACUCUAAACUUCUCCAGGCCCCAGCUUCCACGUUGUUGUGUUGAAGUUGAUGUUUCUAAUCUGCCUCCAGAGAGAAUCCAUGUUCAGCAUGGGGAAGAAGCUUUCACUGUUCAUUUUUAUUAUGAAAAGGUGCCUCCAUAUUGUGUGGAUUGUGGUAGCAUUGGACACCUUAGGGAAAGAUGUCCCUUGACAAAAGUUACUCAGCAAGAGGGGAAUGGAUCUCAACCUCAUGGGGUCCAAGCUCAUGGGAUGCAACAGGAUAAUGCAUGGCAAGUGGUUUCACGUAAAGGGAAGGCUAAAAACCCUGUUAGGGUUUGGAAGGAAAAGGAACGUCCAAAACCCAUGCACUUAGUGCCUUGGUCUGAAGGUCCUGGUGAAUCAUCUAAUGGGGGUGACCAACAUAAAGUAAGCAUGGAAUCUAGCAGUCAUGGCUCCUCUGAAAUGCGAACCCCACCCUCUGACUCGGUCAAUCUGGCUAAGGAUGGAACUUUUACUAUCUCAGAUCCUAAUCUUCUGUCUUCCUUCACUAUGACAAGUCUACAUGAUGUUCUCUUUUCUCAGUAUAUGGCCUUGGAUUAUAGCGAUGAUUGUUUGGCUAUUGUUCCUUAUGAGGAUCGAUCUGAAGCAAUCCUUGAAGAUGCUGAUCCAGAGGUGGGAUUUUUAACAGAUGGAAGGGAGAUUGAUGAAACAUAUAGAUCUUUAAAUGAAUUUCCUCCUUUGCAUGAUGCUUUAACUCCUAUAGCAGCCUCAAAUUCUAAGGCUUCUAAGACAAAGGUUCGUAAUCAUGCAAUGGUCACCAGGAGGAUGGCUUCAAAUAGAUUCUCCCCUCUUGGCUCCCCAUGAUUGGUCUUAUUGGGAAUUGUA